GCGUGCGUGCCGUUUCGGCGUUUUUCGCCUUGCUCUCGCCCGUUUCGCGUGGAGGCGUUUUCGAAAAGUUGUUUCAUAGCAGACCAGUCCACCACCACCACAGCCACAAGCUCUCCCGAUCGAGGCCGCGAGAGAAGGGACCUUGGCAAGGGGGGAGGGAGAUGGCGGCGGCGAACAUCGGGAUCAUGGACGGCGCGUACUUCGUGGGGAGGGGGGAGAUCCUCAGCUGGAUCAAUGCCACCCUCCAGCUCUCCCUCGGCAAGGUCGAGGAGGCGGCGUCGGGGGCGGUUCAGUGCCAGCUGCUGGACAUGGUCCACCCUGGAGUGGUGCCGAUGCACAAGGUGAAUUUUGAUGCGAAGACCGAGUAUGACAUGAUCCAGAACUACAAGGUUCUUCAAGAAGUGUUCAACAAGCUGCGGAUCAGCAAGAAUAUUGAGGUGAACAAACUUGUUAAAGGACGGCCACUAGACAACCUGGAGUUUAUGCAAUGGCUGAAAAGAUACUGUGAUUCUGUUAAUGGCGGAAUCAUGAAUGAAAACUACAACCCUGUAGAUAGGAGGUCUAAGGGUGGCAAAGAGCGCAACCACAGGGGUUCCAACAAGUCAUCCAAAUCACUUCAAGCCAACAGAUUGUCCACUGCUAAUUCAGCAGAUAGUGGUUCCCUGAAUUCUGAUCUUUGCAUUGGUCCCACAAUUGGAAAAGUUGGUAACACUGUUACUGAAGAGCAUUACACGGAGCAGAUCCAGCAAUUAUCUGAGAAGAUUGCAGAUCUGAAGGUUUCUGUGGACAGCACUGAGAAAGAAAGAGACUUCUACUUCUCGAAAUUGCGUGACAUUGAGAUACUAUGUCAAAGACCUGAGUUGGAGCAUCUACCGAUGACUAAAGCAAUAAGGAAGAUACUUUAUGCGGCUGAUGCAAAGGAUUCAUCAUUACCUGAGGCAAAUGAAAUUAUCACCAGGUCACCAGGCAUGUUCUUAGAUGAAGUAGAGUGAGAUGUGCUGCCAAAUGCAUCGUGCCUCAAAGCUGUAGUGGAGAGUUUUGUGGCCCUCGUGUUAUCAACCUGGGUAAUUCGAAAUUUGUAAAUUGUAGUAAAUAACAUAAACAUCGGCAACUGUUCGUGGCCAGUCGCCUGAAGCUGUCUUCGUGUUGCGAUGUUACAUGUCAAGAGGCAAUUUUUCCUGUAGGAACAUGCCACUACUUGGGAUGCAUUCGUGGAUAAUUCCUUGUCCUACGAGAACCACUACUUGAGAUUCUCCUGGCAUUCUAUUUCUGUCAUCCAACAAUACAUUAUUACUAAUCCAUGCCAAUGUAAGGUCGAAGUUUUUAUGACUCUCUUUUGAAGAGAUUCAUCUUA